AAUCGAUUGAUCGCACAUAUGGUGAUGGUUCCAUGCCGCAUAUAAUACAUCUUUCAUACUUGUACACGAUAUUUAUCGUUGUAUAUACCAGACUCAGAGCCUAUUUAAGCACUCUUCCCGAGUACACGCUAGUUGCACGUACUUUGCGAGUCGCAACAUGCAAACAAUCAAUUCAAAAGACGAUCUUUCGACGGUCUCGGAUAUCCUUACUGCUCUGCAGACUAUCCCUGGGAUACCCGACUUCGAAACCCCAUACUCCCGAACCACAUUCCCCAAUUCUAAUCACUGUGCAAUUGGUCUCGAAGACCAGAGCAUCAGGGCCAUUAUCACCGAACGCCAACACCAGCUGGACAAUGUUUUGCACGACAUCUCAGGUUUACAAACAGUCAUACAUGGUAUCAUCAGUCUUCAGGACCAUCUCUUGAAGCAUAAGAAGAGGAUAAUCGAAUCUAUUAAUCUGCACAGGAGACUCGUAUCACCUCUUUGGCACUUCCCAACUGAAGUCCUUUCCCAAAUAUUUUGCCACUUUCUCUCGCAAGUUCCGAAACUCGGUGAAUCAUUGCAGCCACCAUCAAAGCUAACCGUACCUAUGUCGUUGACCAGAAUAUGUCGACGGUGGAGGGAGGUUGUUAUGACAUGCCCGACUUGUGGCGUGUGCUGUCUGCAGCCUUCAGCUACGACUCUUGGCUCAAGCGAGCACAGGGACAUGAUGACUCGACCAAGUUACAACGUCUUCUUCAGCCUUACACCGAUCAAAUCAAAUCUCUCUCUGCCGAUUUUUACCAUCCCGGCAAACCUGAACCUAAUACGUUCAGAGACCUCCUGGCACUCGAGGAGAUGUCCAUGUACUUCCAUCUGGAUAUCUCUGCUGGUGAUAUGCCAGCUAAUAAUUUAUGCUCUAUCUCGCAACUGCCGCCCACUCUGCGCAGUUUCGAUGUAUCAGGGUGGUCACUCAACAUCAGGGACGUGUCCCUCUUGCAAUCCCGUAUGGGCCCAUCUUACAACACUCGGGAUCGGAUUAUGGGAAGCAGGAACUGUUCUCCACUUGCUCCAGCUAGCUCCCAACCUAUCCUCGUUAACGAUUCGCAUAUUAUUCUUUGACGGCGAAGCGUUGGAAACCGUUCACACACACAAACCUCCACACCUACACAUCGAUUGUGACUAUUAUGAUGGAGAGACGCUCGAUUUCUGCGACCUGCUCGAUGCUUUCUCAUUCCCCACUCUACGCGUACUUACUGUUCACGAUGAGUUCGUGGCAUUCCUGGCACGUCUGAUUGUCAGCGGUAGUGUGGAAUACGUUGCCCUUUUUCCUUCGCUUCAAUUUGUAUUGCGCUGAUACUCUGCACUACUCCUUACAGAUUCGCCAUAUGAUGGUCAGCUGUGCUACUCUCUGUAUACUCUAUGCUACCACUACUGUACGUUACUAGCCUCGGAAGACUCGUAUCCCAACUUUGAAAGAUGAUAUCACUGUACAUCAUGCCUUUUGUCGUACCGUUUGUAUGUUUAUGACCGUUUGUAACUUUAUCCCUCCUUGUUGUCAUCAAGCUACGAUUCGUGUUCUUAUAUUCUGUGAAUAAUAUUUGGGCCUCAAAGAA